CAAGAUGGAGCCUGCCGUGAAGCGCCUGACGGCCGCAGACAUUGUACAUGGCGUCCCAACGGGAGAAAUGAAUUUUGACCGAGCUCCUUAGACACAAGCAACGGGAGAGGAAGAUCACCAUCGUGUUGUGGAAAUCGAUCUUCGGGUGUUUUCAAGAGAUUGACAGCCUCGACGCGUGCCCAAACCUGUGCAACUUCACAUGUUCGAAGCUCACGUAGCUCAGCCAGAGCAAUCAUGAUAUUGCAUAGUGAUCAACAUGCAAUUGUAGUGAUCAACACUCGAUUGCAGCGAAUAUGCGGGUUGGAGCCGGUUGCCCACACACUGACACGGCUGUGCCUCGCCGACCAAGACUUGACCAAACUGGAAGGCCUGUGUCUUCCAAACUUGCGGCAGUUGCUCCUGCAAAACAACCGAAUUCAAGUACUUGAGAACCUCGACGGCGUGCCCAAACUCCAAAAGCUUUGGCUCAGCGGCAACCAUAUCCAAGUGAUCGAGAACCUCCAGUUCUGCACCGAUCUUCGAGAACUGUGGCUGCAAGACAAUGCAAUUGGGGCGAUAUCAGGCCUCGAUCAACUCACAAACUUGCACAACUUGGCCUUGGCCAAGAAUCGCAUCGCUCAUUUCGAAGAGCUUUCGAAGCUCGCGAGUCUGCCAAAUUUGUGCAGCCUCUCUCUCUCGGACGACCACUACGGUUCGAAUCCCAUCACGAGUGAAAGCGGGUACAAGAUCUUCGUGAUCAACCAGCUCAAGCAAGUUCGCAUCUUAGACGGGCUAGAAAUUCAGUCGAAAGACCAACGGUUCGCCGAAGACGAGUACAUGAAACAUGUCCUUGCCUUCAACGACAAAAUCGACUUCAUCCAGCGGAACCACGACCAGGAAUUGCUGCGCAUCGACUCGCGGCGGAAUCGAAACAAUACUCAUGCCGACCUCCUCCAAGAGGAACUGAUGCAUGCGUUUCGGGCGCUCGAAGAUGUGGUGACGACCGGCCGCAAGAACAUGGUGGACGAGCACACCCGCCACCAGGUCGUCCGCGCAAAGUACAUGACUGCACUACAGAACAAACUCCAGAGCCUGCAGCAAGAGUACAUUGCGCAGCUCGACAUUGUAGCCGCACAAAUCACUUCCGCUAUGGAACGCCAAGAUGCACUCUUCGACCUGCUUGAGCUCCGCGCUAUGGCGGAGGAAGAGCAGGCCACAGCCGUGGCUCAACUCCAGCCAUUCACGUCGGCAACGUUUCAGCACGUGGCCGACUCCACAGCAGACUUUCGGUACAUCGCGUCUCUGUUUAUGGGACGCGAGUCAAGCAGCCAUCGCAUGACUGAUGCUGUGGAUUGGAAGAUGCUGCAGCUGUACAAAUGCCACACGACACUGCAGCUCGUAUCGCCGGACGAAGAGUUGCCUGCGAAGGGGAGUCGCACAAGUGCGUCCCCGCCGGUGUUUCUUGCCGGUCCAGCCACCUCUGUCCACGCGUUCUUCACGGACAACGCGCUACCGCCGACGUCAUGGCUAGCGUCGGACCCCAAAGUUGCCGCCACCGGACAAUCUGGCCACUGCCACGUACUCGUUUGCCAACUCGACCCAGCCGUACAGGUUCAUGAAGUGGAUGGGGGCACAUGGGACGAGCAAGUGAUUGCACACACCGAGCGACACCCGGCCCUGUGGACGAAAGUCCACAUCCGCACACGACCCCAUGGUCACGUCGAUUCGUUCGUGUUCCUUCCGCCUGCCGCGCCGGCCUCGUCCUGCCCUUCCACUGUGGGCGUGAUUCCUCAAUACUAUGCUGUUUGCGCUGCCACGCCGAGUUCGGUCGACGAAGCUGAGCUGCGUCAACUUUUGCAAGACGCUGCCAACCCACCAUCGGUCAUUCGUGGGGAUGACAAGGCCACAGCUGACGCAUUGCUCCAUGAGUUGCACGCUAAGAUGAAAAGGGAAGUCGAAUCGUACCAGCGGCUGCUCUGGAACGACUUGCAGCCCGAUCAAAAGCGCUUUCCCGAGGAUGCUCAAACGCUGCAGCAAGCCGUGAGCAAGUUGCAAAGCCACAUUCAGGACGAGCAAGACACACAGACAUCCAUGCUGCGGCAAUUAAACCUCCAGAAGCAGCGCAGGGGGCCGCCGCAACCUUAAUACAGACUUGCAUCUUAAUCGC